CGUACGCCUUUAAGCCAAUCAGUUUGGACUACUGAUAAACGUCAUGUCGUGCCGUAAUUAAUAUUCAUGAUCCAAACAUUCAAACGGAAAAAGGGAAAAAGCAACAUCCGAUUAGUUUGUUUAAAAUGAGUAAUGGAUUCUAGCUCUCAGCGUGCACCGUGUACUGUGUUCUUUGAUUUAGAGACAACUGGUCUGGACCGUUCCUGUGAGCUGGUCCAGCUGGCGGCAGUGAGCGGGAGUCACACGUUCAACCUCUUCGUGGUUCCUCGUCGGCCGAUGCAACCCAGCGCCUCCAGGAUCACAGGUUUCAGUGUGAGACGCCAGCGUCUGUUUCUCCACCGCAGGCCGGUUCUCACCAGCUCUCUCCGAGAAGCCCUGGUCUCCUUCAUCACCUUCCUCCAGAUGUUGGGUCGGCCGCUCCUGGUGGGUCACAACAUCCGCCGGUUCGACUGUCCUGUUCUGGCCAGAGCGCUGGAUGAGUUCAGCCUUAGGUCAGACUUCCAGAAACACGUGUGUGGAUUCGUGGACACUCUUCCGUUGGCCCGACAGCUUCUCAAAGACAGCGGCCUCCAGAGCUUCAAGCAGGAGAACCUGGUGAAGAGCCUGCUGGGAGUUUCAUACGCGGCCCAUAAUGCUCUAGAGGACGUGCGAGCGCUGCAGAGACUCUACUGGGCCCUCGAGCCCACGGCCAAUCAGAUUCAGCAGCACAUUUUCACUCUGGACUCAUUGGCUGCUGCAUCUGUCAAUCAUGAGUAGCAUUAUGGGAUGUGUUGAAUAUGAUCACUUCAGUGGAUAUCACAGAUGAUUAACAUCUUAGCAAACGUCCAGCUGCUCUCAAACAAGUGAAGCAAAUUUGUACAUUGAUAUUCAUACUCCUGCACUGAAGGAGCAAACAAAGAGCUGUGGUCAUCAGGACAUCAUCUCUUCUCCAGUGAUGGACAGAACUUUGUCCAAGAAACAUGUUUUGUGAGUAAUGAGGUGACCCCUGACCUCCAGACAGAUAGGCAUGAGGCUCGUUCGCUCCCAGAAACAUGGCUUCCCCCGGCUGCAGCACCAUCCGGUUCAGGAAGUAAAUGGAAAAGCAUCCGAUGUCCCCGGGAUACUGGGAAUGCAGUCGGAGCAGCAGCUCUCCGUUACUCCUGGACGUGUCUUUGCCUGCAGCCUCUGGGACAAAACAGCAGGCUCAACUUUCAGCUUUAAUCCAUUAAACACUCACUUUUGAGGAAGCCCAAGAUCUCCUCCAUCGGCCGGAAGCCGCAGAGCCCUUCGAAGCGAGUGAGUGCGAUGGCCAUCUCCGGUUUGUGGUUGUUGUCUGGGUAAUGUUCAGGAAACUGCGCAUGGAGUCUGGCAGCCAACUCCUGUCAAGAGACAAGGACAAGAUACAUCAGCGGAUCGCUCUGCUCGUACCCGAGUACAUUUCUAUGAGGAACACGGCCUCCAAUCUCACCCUGUUGGGAUGCGCCUGGAUGGACAGAGCCGUGUUGACGGACAGCACUUUGAAAAGGAAAGGGAGCUGCCCGUGGAAUGUGUCCUUGACCUUUGACCCCAGGCAGCCUGGGAAAUCUGCAAUCCACUGUCCCAGUGUCCUCUGGGAUAUCCUGUUGUCUUUGAUGAGAGCGUCGCCUUUGGGAUGAGCACCCAUCCAAAGCUUGAAAGACAGCAGAAAACAAACAUGUAAUGAUCAGAGAUUCAUUUAGUCUCUUAUUAUUGACUGUUCUUAAAGGUGCAGUCACUGAUCUGUAUAAUGAUAUAUAUAUAUUUAGAUCAGUGGGUGAAGUGCGAAUGUCAAAAUGAAGGGUCCUUUAAGAUCUGAACACAUGCUGUGGGUUCAUUAAUAGACUGCCAGAUAAAGUGAAUGUCAGGCUGACCUUUAAGUGAGCUGCUAUUUUCAGAGACACUUGCGCUUGUUAAAGUCUGAUACACAAUGAGUGCGAUGAAACUGUGGUUUUCUGUCUUGUA